GAAGAAGAAGAAGAGGAGCAGGAGGAGGAGGAGGAAGAAACAGAAGAAGAAGACGACAGAUAUGAUUUAGUGGAAGGCAGCGACCGCUCACACGGACGGGAAGGUGGAAUUUGGAUUCUCCGCAGUCAAACAGUCAGGACAUGUCUGUAAGGAUGGAAAUGGAUAUCAGUGGAGUCCCCAGGGCACAGGUCUCCAUUCUUCCUGCAGCUGAAAUUAAAGCCACACUGAAACCAGAAGUAGAGAGACCUCGCUGUUCCAGCACCCCAUGUUCCCCCAUCAGAGGCACUGUGGCAGGAUACCAGAUCCUACACAUGGACUCAAACUAUUUGGUGGGUUUCACCACUGGUGAGGAGCUGCUAAAACUGGCCCACAAGUGGUCAGAAGGAGCUCCAGGGAAGAGCUCCGCAUCAGAGGCCAUGUCCACUUCCAUUCAGAACACUGCCGCUAAGUCUGUGGACUUGGGAAUCCACCGGUCUUCACGAAUCUUCAAAGCCAGAGGUCUCUACUACCAACCCUAUGACAUUCCUGCUGCCAAUAGGCGGAGACGAAAACGUACGCCAAGUUCAAGUGACACCUUCCUCAGGUCUCUGGCUCAGGCUGAACCUAGGCGGGGUCUGCAUGCCCCACUACCCCUUUGUCUGCUUAAAGGAAAAGGAGCCCAGUCAAAGUCUCUUGACUACCUUAAUCUGGACAAAAUAAGUAUCAAAGAGUCAUCAGACACUGAAGUGUUACAGUACCAACUACAACACCUCACCCUACGAGGGGAGCGCGUGUUUACCAGAAACAAGACAUAAAAGCACAGUGGAAGGAAUUUUUUAGUCAGCUUCCACCCUCUUGGGAAUUUAGGUGCUAUUUCCAUCUUGUUUUCUUAUGACUCGGAUUAGAAGAGUCCUUUAAGAGGACCAUCUUAUAAUCCUGUUCUAUUCUUACUUUAGGGGUUUACCUGGUACUGUACACAUAAUGUGAGGUUGUUGAGGUUAAAAAUGUGAAUUCUAUAAACUUAGCAAUAACUGGUGAACAUACUUAUUGACAGUGUUGUAUGUUUCCUCAGGUCAGAUACGCACUGUUAUAUCGGCUUCCAGCUGACAGAAGCACAUAUCACAUACUGUAUCAGCUUUAAAAUGUACCAUUGGUAUCAGUCCAGUGAUAGUUUUACUGUGGGGAGUCGUUAGUGGUGUUGUUUUGUGAUAUUUUUUUUCAAAGACUAUGGGACUGUAUAUAACUGACAAAAUAACAAGAUAAUACGUACUUAUGUUCCAAAUUUAUUUAUAUGUAUAUAUAUUAUAUUGUUUAAUUUAUUUCAGUUCUUAAUAGUUAUUUUAAACCUCUUAUUUACCAUAAGGUAAGAGGCGCUACUCCAUUCAAAAGCUGUUUAUUGACAGCAAAUGUAAAGUUGUGUUGCCUAACAUCUAUUGGAAUUUUUGGUGUAUUACUUAUUUUAAUGGCAGUUUUCAUUCCGGAUGUUUCACUCAUCACUAUUUCUAGUGACCACCAAAGCCGCAUCCCUUUCUUAGCCAAGCCCACAGUGACUGUGAUUGGAAGGGAAAGUAAUAGCAGCGACUGCUUAUUUCACUUGUGAUGUCUUGUAACUUAUAAAAACACUACACGGACAUGUUGACAAGUUUAAAAAUGUGAUUCUUUAAGAUGUAGCUUUUGCAUGCUCAGAGAAUGACAACUUUAAUUGGCUUAAAUUCAUGUAAUUAACAGUAGUCACCAGUUUACAGGUCGGGAGAAGAGUAUUCAGAUCUCAAAAUUAAUAUUGGAUACCACCGUAACGACCGAAUAUUCAGAUAUUUGGAUAUUCGGGUCCAGCCCUACUAAAAAUGGUGAGUGGUUGUGUUCCUGUGCACUCAACUUACUACACAAGAGAGAGUCCACAUUAGUGGCGUAUCACUUUAAUCUUUUUCCAUCUAUUUAUUGGGUUUUGUUGGGAAAUUUGGUUGGUAUAUGUUGACCUUAAAAAAAAAAAAACCCAUACUGGUGCAACAUUAGUUUUGUGCAUUGAUUAAGCGUGCACAACAGUAUGCUGAGAUGUGUCUUUUUAAUGAGUGUGUGUGUUUCCCCUGCAACAGGUAAUGAUAUGUUUCCAAUGCGUCUACUGCAGAAAACAUGUUUUCCACACCUGAUUGCACUGUUGGACAUCUACUACAGACUAUAUCUUGAAAUAUCAGUGCACCUUGAUAUCGUCAACAUAAUGGCACCAAUUAGGCGUCCACAGGAAACACUGCAACAUUGUACAUAAUUAAGCCAUGUGAACACUUUACAGGGCUCUGAAAAAGUGUUCACCUCUUGAGUUUUUUUUUCUGUCUGUUGUGCUGCAUUGAAAGAAAAUUGUGAUCUUUGUCUCAGAACCUUGUGUUGACUUACACUAAAGCCGUAGAAAAUUCUGUUUAUAUAAUCAACCUGUAACAAGUCGCUGUGUUUAAAAUUUAGGUGACAAUGGGAUCUUUCAAAUUGUUUUAUUACUGAAAAUGCAACAAUCUGUCAAGCUGGUGAAGUCUGUGAGCCCAUUCACCUCAGUCUUCUCAGGUCACAUCUAUAGGUGGAAAAGGUGAGCGAUGCCACUGUUUCUUCUACCAGGAGUUAGUUACCAGAGUUAGAAAUGUUUAAAUCAUGAAACCCACACACAGGUCUGUCUCUGUGUUUUGAAUAUAUAACGUAAAAAAUGUUAUAGUUGGUCUAUAACUCAGUACACUUUCUUUGUAUAUAUUAAAAUCAAUGUGAAAAGCA